AGAAUAUGAAAAGUGCUAUUAUGAAGUUUUUUAUCGAGAAAAUUUAACAAGAUCCCUCAUGACUCUUUUAUUUACGUACGGAGUAUAAUCACAAAAGAUCACAAAAGAUUAUCAAAUGAAGGUGUGUGAUUAGUGUAAAAUUUUUACCAUUGCGAUUAUUUUGGAACGAAGGAAGUAUUAAGUGUAUUAUGCAUGGUCUCUAUGAUAAGAUAUGCGAUGCCUUUUAUUUACAUUAACUUUGCAUACAUGGAUAUUGCUGGAGGCUCUGUGCAACCGGAAGACCUUUUCCUGAGGAUUUUUUUUAAUCCCCUCAAACGUUGUAGGGAGGUCUUGUACAUGCAACCAGAGUCAAUACAAAAGGGCACCAGAAGAAUUCUUUUAGCAACAACCUCAAUAGAAACAAGGGAUAUGAUAGACCACAUACUGGAUUUCAAAAGUUUACUACACAAUCUUCUAAAAAUGCUAAUAGAAGCUUCAGGAAUCAGGGUGACCGUUUAAGAAAAGGACGCAUUAAAAGAGAUGGGACUGAAAAGUCUUUCAAGAAACAACAUCAAAAGGAGGAAACAAGACCAAUCCCUUUCUUUUAUACGGAACAAGAAGUACGACAAUGGCGUGAAGAGCGCAAGAAAAACUAUCCAUCCAAAGGCAAUACUGAGAAGAAGUCACAAAAGUUGGCAAAUAUUGUAGACUGUGAUGGUGCUGCAAAAUUACGUCGCCAGCAACUCAAGGAAAUAUUGGCCAAACAAGCAGAGCUAGGUUGCGAAAUUGCAGAAAUACCCCCGUCAUAUCUGUCAGACAUGGAGCGACCACACAAUGGAGUAGACAGCAGAGGGGCAUUCAGUAAGGAGAGAUACCAAUACAAUCCCAACAAGAGGGGGCGAUUCGGUAAAAGGAAUAGCUUCUCUAAAAACCAAAGAAUCGGGAACCAUAAUCCCAGAACUCGAGAGCCACGUGAUGAUGAUGAUGAUCACCACUCAAAGGAACAGAGGUAUGAAAUCAAUAACAGUCCAGCUUUGCAGAGCAAGAGAGAACCAAGUCUUUGGAAAAAACUGGUGGGUGGAGACAUGAACAGAGAUACGCGGCAACUGUUGCAAGUCUUAAGGUUCAUGGUUAUAAAUUCUUUCUUUGCUGACAAUGACAAGCCUCUCCGGUUUCCAUCUGUGAUUGCUAAAGAAUCGGCACCCGAAGAGCCUUUAAAAGACGAGGAACGGAAUGGGGAUUUGGGCAAAGACAGAGGGACCAUUGCUAACACUGAAAAGGAAAAACAUCAAGAAGAGGGAGAAAUCAUUGACUAGUAAGUAGUACUUGAAUUUCCUCUAUGUGUGUGUGUGCAUUCCAUGCCUUUGCAUGUAUAUGUAUAUAUUUGUGUCCAAUGUGAUGGAUGAUUCUACUAUUUAAUUUUGGGCAUUCUAACUAGUGGACUUCUAUCUUCUAGUUGCGGUACUAAUUGAACUUCUAUGUUCUAAUUGUGGCCUAUAUGGAUCACUACUCCGCACUCUUUAUCAUACCACCUCUAGUAUCACAUUGUGUACAUCUAUGACUUGUUUGUAAUGUUCGGUUGAAAUUAUUUUUAAUUCAAUUUAUUUAAAAUUAUACACCAAAAGCUUUACAAAUCAAGAGACAAUAUCACU